AUGUCAUUCAAGAGUAUUGUGAGAGAGAUCAAGGAGAUGAAAGAAGGAAUUGGAAACAUGUAUAGAAAAAGGGUAGAAGCUAAGCAUAUGUAUAGACAUGGAAAAUCUCACAUUGCACCAGAAUGUUCUUCACCAAUAUCAAUAUCAAUAUCACCAACACAAACACCGUCUUCGUCAUCGCCAUCGUCACCGAGCAAAUGGGCUAGUUUACCUCCUGAGUUGCUAUUAGACAUAAUUCAAAGAGUGGAAGCUAGUGAAACCUCUUGGCCGUCUCGCCGGGCACUUGUAGCUUGUGCCUUAGUUUGUAGAUUGUGGAGAGAGAUAACAAAAAGUGUGGUUAAGACACCUGAACAAUGUGGUUGGAUCACUUUCCCUAUAUCAUUGAAGCAGCCUGGUCCAAGAGACAAUACAAUUCAGUGUUUUAUUAAGAGAGAAAGGGUUUCUUCUACAUAUAGCUUAUAUCUUGGUUUGAGCCCUGCUCUUUCUGGUGAUAUGAGCAAACUUCUCUUAGCAGCAAAGAAGAUAAGAAGAGCAACAUGUACAGAAUUUUUAAUAUCAUUGGUUUCUAAUGAUUUCUCUCAAUCUAGCAAUACUUACAUUGGAAAGUUAAGGUCUAAUUUUCUCGGGACUAAGUUCACGAUCUUGGACGGUCAUCCUCCAUAUGAUUCUUCGCUUCCAUCGAUUUGCAAGUUGCAACAAAACGUCCGUCGGAAGCAAGUACUUCCAAGAGCUGCUUCUGCUAACUAUAAAGUAGCAACGGUGUCUUAUGAACUCAAUGUUCUUCGCACGAGAGGUCCAAGGCGAAUGCGGUGUACGAUGCACUUGAUUCCCAUAUCUUCAGUCCAAGAGGGAGGAACUGCUCCUACUCCUAUGGAGUUUAGCAAUUGUCGUAAUGAGCAUGAAUCUUCAAAAGGAAAGAAGGCAGAAGUGGUUGAAUUAGGCUCAACUUGCACUGAUUUUGCAAGAGAACCACUGCUUUUGAAAAACAAAGCACCUAGAUGGCAUGAACAACUUCAAUGUUGGUGCUUGAAUUUCAAGGGACGGGUUACGGUGGCUUCGGUAAAGAAUUUCCAGCUUGUAGCAGCUGCAGAACCUUGCCAUAACGUUUCGGCUGCAGAACAAGAGAAAGUUAUACUUCAAUUUGGAAAAAUUGGCAAGGACAUUUUCACCAUGGAUUAUCGAUAUCCUCUCUCCGCUUUUCAAGCUUUUGCAAUCUGUUUGAGUAGCUUUGACACAAAACCAGCUUGUGAAUGA